CAAAAGGGUGAGAAGCCUAGAUUGACGCAGCCAUCAUCUCUUCUUUCCUCUAUAUAAACCCUCCUCCCCUCUUCCUUUCUCCUCAUCCCACAAAGCAAGUUGCAACUCAAGCAAAGAGAGAGAGAGAGAAGAAAGAGGUGAUCAAGUUUCUUCUGCUAAAGAUCAAGUUUCUCACCUCACAAUGGCUCGCUCUCUCUCUACAGCUAAGACCCUCUCCGUCAUCGUGGCCGGAGAGUUCUCCAACGCCAUCUUCAGACGAGGGUUCGCCGUCGCAGCCGACACGGCGUUGCAUGGGAGCGUUGGGAGCGGUGGAACAACCGCUUCUGCGUCGGCGAUGAAGAAGAACGUUGGGGAAGAGUCUAGCGAGAAGGCGCCGUGGAUCCCAGACCCUAAAACCGGUUACUACAGACCCGCUACCGUUUCUCAAGAGAUUGACCCGGCGGAGCUACGAGCUGUUCUCUUGAACAACAAGCAAUAAUUAAUUUCCGAGAAAAAACAAAAACGCUUCUAAGAUAAUUAUGUUAAUGUUGUUUAAUCCCAUAUUGAGAAAACGGGUCAUGAUCCUUUGCGGUGAACCCCCAUCUUAUUCUGUUGCGAGUUUUGUAGUGAUCGUUUUGAUCCAUCCUAAUAAAGUUAUAAAAGCGUUCAAUCUA